UAUUUGUGGAUUAAGAGCAACCAGGGGUGUGUCAUGUCCUCCCCGCCCACAAGCCGAUGAUGAGCGCUAGUCAUGCGGCCUCCACUGUUUUGAUUCACACAACAGUUUCAAUAGGCAGGGCAAACAUGGCGGAGGUCUGUGUGACUCCUGUCACAGCAGCCCUGCUACGGCAGUGAGAUCUCAUCGCUUUAAGUCGAGCUUUAUUAAAACUGGCAAAGGUGCGUAGAGCCUCGUUCCUCCAGGAGGACAUGGAGGUGUCGGCGGAGGGAGAAGCGGAGGAGCGCCGGAAGGAGCACUGGAAGCUGCUGUCCAGUCUGAAGACCACUGUUGAGGGUCUCGUGUCCACCAACAACCCUAAUGUGUGGUCACGCUACGGCGGUCUGCAGCGUCUCCACAAGGACAUGAACAACAUUCUCAGCCACGGGCUGAAGAACGAGCAGGUGUACUACAAGCAGAGAGACUACUGGCCGUUCGUGUGGUGCGUCCGCUACAUCAGCCCUCAGCUCGCCUCGCAUGUAGAACAGUUCAGUCAUUUGGAGCCCGUACUGAGCAGUGGGAUGCAGAGCGCAGGUGAAAGCUUCAAGGCCGAGCGCUGGCUCCUCCACAGUUUACAGGAUCACAUACUGUCGGCUCAACUCCGACCUCUGCUCAGGCAUCUGUCACACACACAAAAAUACUAUAAUGAUGAUGCUUUCCUGCUGCGUGAGCCUCAUGUCACCGCCAUGUUUCAGUGUCUGGAAGCCGUGGAGCAGAACAACCCCAAAUUGCUGGCCCAGGUGGACACUGUCGGGCUGUCUCCAUUGAAGAGUCCACUGAACCUGGGUCUACUGAAGAGUCAGAGCCUGUGUGUGUUACCAAGUUGUGGGCACAGUGACUCAACUCUUAAGCGCAGACUCACAACAUCCAACUGUUCUUUGCUGGAGUCAGUUUCAUCCAGCAACACGUCUUUGGGAAACGCCUCUGGAGUCCAGUCCCAGAACGGCAGCAUUACCAGCGAGGACAGGCUGAAAGACCCUUCGUCUCCCACUGGCAGCCUGGGAGCUCCAUGGUUGCAUGUGUCCAAACCGGUGGAGCACGUUGUGGCUCCCCUUCCCGAGGGCCUCCCUGUCCCCUCUAUAACCUUAACUGAGUCCGCCUCGCCCUCCUCCCCGCAGCCUGAAACAGGAGAGUCUUGUGACGGGGACUACGACGAUGGUCCGGAAUACCUGGCCAUCGGUAACCUGGGCCAGCGCGCCCGUCAGGACUCCCAAAGCUCCGCCAACAGCAGCGAGCGAGGGGAGACACCAAACCAUUCCAAUAAUCAAAAACUCCAGAGCCUGAUGAGCGCCGUUCCCCGACGCUCGUCUUUUUCGGAGGUCCAGAGGGGACCGGCGGCUCGUGCCCGAGGACACACUCGCUCGUUUUCUGACACAGGAGUCAAUCAGAAGAUCAGAAAUGAGACGUCGGGAGACAACGGCUGCGUGAAGGACUACAGUCCCUUCUCCAAUCAGUGCAAUGACUCCAGUUCUCCCAGCUCACUGUACAUGGAGUCCUAUGGAUCUCAGUGCAGCCGUGUGUCAGACGGGUUGUUCAGGAAGCCGUCAGAGGGUCAGAGCCUCAUCAGCUACUUGUCGGAGCAGGACUUUGGCAGCUGCGCUGACCUGGAAAAGGAGAACGCUCAUUUUAGUAUUUCCGAGUCCCUCAUUGCAGCCAUCGAACUGAUGAAGUACAACCUACGGUGUCAGGAGGAAGAGGGUGAGGAGGAGGGAGACAGUGACUCAGAGAUCCAGCAGCUCAAGCAAAAGAUCCGUCUGCGUCGUCAGCAGAUCCGCAGAAGCCGGCUGCCGCCGUCCACCAGCUCUCACCACCUGUUUCACUCCACCGACAGCGGGGGCUCCAGGAGGAGCUCUCAGGACUCCUAUCAGGGCCUGUCUGACUCUGGCUCAGCGGAGGAGGUGGAGGAGUGUGAACUAAAAGAUGGCUGUGAGGGUCAGUCGCUGCUGGCGGUGUCUCAGAACGGCCUCUCCCUGUCACUCGCCUCACUCUUCUCAGAUGCAGACAUAAAGCGCAGCACGAGUUCAGUCGGCCGGUCCCUCCUCAGCUCAGAGUCCAUCUCUCCAUCCUUCCUUCAGUCCAACUCUGCUGAGUCAGUAGCCAUGGGUUUGCUGCGGCAGUUUGAUAGCAUGCAGCUUCCUGCUGCCUCGGAGCUGGACUGGCUGGUUCCAGAACAAGACGCUCCUCAGAAGCUGCUGCCCAUCCCUGACUCUCUGCCAAUAUCACCGGAUGACGGUGAACACGCAGACAUCUACAAGUUAAGGAUUCGGGUUCGAGGAAACCUGGAGUGGGCGCCUCCGCGACCGCAGAUCAUCUUCAACAUUCACCCUGCUCCAAAGAGGAAACCUGUUGUGGCCAAACAGAACUACCGCUGUGCUGGCUGUGGCACCCGCAUUGACCCUGACUACAUAAAGCGCCUCCGCUACUGCGAGUACCUCGGCCGGUACUUCUGCCAGUGCUGCCAUGAAAACGCGCAGGCGGUGGUUCCCGGUCGCGUGCUGAGGAAGUGGGACUUCAGCAAAUACUAUGUCAGCAACUUUGCCCGCGAUCUGCUGAGCAAGAUUGCUGGAGACCCGCUGUUCAAUCCCAACGACAUCAACAGCGGCCUCUACAAGAAGGUCAAAUCUCUGGAGGCCGUGCGGGUUUUGAGGGUGAAACUGUUUCACAUGAAGAAUCUUUUCAAGACCUGUCGUUUAGCUAAAGAGGUUCUGGACCAGUUUGAUACUCUACCAGGUCACCUGACUGAGGAUUUGCACCUUUUCUCCCUAAACGACCUCACAGCUGUCCGUAACAAUGAGCUGGCUCCCCGGAUGAGAGACCUGUUAAAACAGGGCUCUAUUCACGUGGACACCUGCGUGCUGUGCCAGGCGAAGGGUUUCGUGUGCGAGUUCUGCAACAACGACAAAGACAUCAUCUUCCCCUUCCAGCUGAACAAGUGCCAGCGCUGUGAAGAGUGUCAUGCGUGUUACCACGGCAGCUGCUUCAAGGCAGGUAAAGAUUGCCCCCGAUGUCGGCGGCUGGCGGAGCGCCGUGAGAGAAUGACUCGCAAAAACAUGGAGGAACAGGAGGAUGAAGGAGGAGGAGGAGCGGGGACAUAACGCUGGUAACAAGGGGGGAGAGGAGAAAACGAGAGCACAAGACAAGUGAUUGUAGAAACUGACCAACACUUCUUUUAUUUCCUGUCCUGUCAAACA